AUGGCAGGGGCGAAGGCAACGGAACAACACUUGGCUCUAUUACCUUCAAGGAAGGAUUUAUAUGAGAAAAUGAGUAGGGGAGAAGAUUCCACGGACUGUGCAUAUCCGGACAAAAAGGAAAAUGCUAAAAAACAACUAGGAAGUUACCUCAAAGAGGAAGAUUCCGAAGAAUAUUCCGAGAAGAUUUUGAAGGCGUGGUGUCGUGUACAUAGAACAGGACGAGUCACUAAGUCCAAUGAUGAUCUUUGCUAUGCCCUCUACUAUACAAUAGGAAAUAUAGUGUCGCAGCACGUGCUACAUGCUGAUUCAUUUUCAAGCGCCAUGGAUGCAGUUUACAGUGAAUUGGGAAAAUUAGUUAAUGGGACUAAGUGUGGAAAAAUAUGCCAUAGUAUUAACAAAGAUCAAUUCGACUGGAAGAAAAUAACAUAUGACUACACUGAGGACCGCGUACUUAUGGAAAGUUACUUAAGUGCAAUGGGAAAUUCCUGCAAUGAAGCGUUCCUCAAGCACCUUCAAAAUAUUAAUGAAGCUUAUAAGGCUGUACAUCCCACUUGUAAGGAUAGUACAAGUGGCACAUGUUGUAAACAAUUUCAGGAAAUAUUUGAAAGGAACCAAAGGGGAGAAACCUUAAAAUUAGACUGUGAGUUAGUGCCAGGUUCUUCCGGUACCGGUAGUACUGGCAACCAGAACACUGGUAGUCCAAGACCAGGUUCUACUGGAACUUGGAAUCCAGGUUCUUCCGGUUCCGGUUCCACGGGAACCUGGAAUCCAGGUUCAUCAGGUACUGGUUCUACUGGCAAUCAGAACACUGGUAGUCCAAGACCAGGUUCCACUGGACACCAAUCUCCUGGUUCCUCUGGACAAGCUUCCACUGCAACAUGCAGUCCAGGUUCCUGUACAAAUCAAGCUGGUAGUAGUGGUUCUUUUUCCGAUGCCGAUUUGGUAGAUGGUGUCUCUGGAGGGGAAGGAAAGGGAGGGAGUGAUGGUGGUGGUAGUCACAGAACAGAAGGGCAGGAAGCUGGUAAUCCUGGUGUUGUUCCUGCUGUGACAGGUGCAUUAGCUGCAGUAGGACUACCUGCCUUAGCAUACUUUUUUUACAAGUAUAAAUCACACCUCUUCUUCCUUAAGGGGAAUAACUCCUCUUCUGGAGGAAGCAGAAGAAAAAGAUCUGCCAUUAGGAGAAAAUUUAAUGAGUUUGAUGAUGACGACGACGACUACAUCUCAACAACGGAAUAUUCGUCAGAAUAUUCCAUCCCAUAUACAUCAUCAUCCAGAUGA